AUGGAUCCCAGGGAUGGGCCCUUCGGUGACGAUGACCACAACGGGCAUCCCCGCCAGCGUUGGACAUUCCAGCCCACCAAUGGCCAGAAUGACCAUAACAGGCAGCCUGAGCCCUCCUGUCCUCGAGUCCGGGGCUUUCCUCUCCUGCAGGAUCCCCCCUGGGCCUUGGAGAGUUUCAUUUCGUCUGUCAAGAUCAAGAAAAAUAAGGACAAUGUGAAGUUUAAAGUUCGAUGUAGCAGAUACCUUUACACCCUGGUCAUCACGGACAAAGAGAAGGCAGAGAAACUGAAGCAGUCCCUGCCCCCUGGUUUGGCAGUGAAGGAACUGAAAUGAACCAGACACACUGAUUUGAAGUGUAUUAAAAUACUAAAAAUCCUAA